AUGUUUUUGGCAAUAAAUGGUUCUGCUUUUCCAAUAAGAAAUGAAUUCAGAUUACCUAAAUUGCGAGGUUAGAAAGGUAGUUGUCAAAUAAUAAUAUUUUAUAAAAGGUUUUCGAUAAUCGAAGUCUCGAUUGUAAGAAUAACCAGAGUCUCCAGAUAGAUCAAGUAAAUGUUUGACCAAGCCCAGUAGUCUACUAAAAUAUCAAGUACCUGGUUCUAUGAUUUUGAUUGCCAGAUCUAUGAAGUUUUCAAAAGAUCAAUUCACUCAUAGGUAAAGAGAAAAGCAGGAAAUAAUUAUUCCUGAGAUUUUGGAUGGAUAUAAAUAUUCAUUAGGUUAAGGAAAUAAUCAUGAAUUAGUACAGAGAAUAAUGGAUGGAAGAACAGAAUGGCAUCUAUGCAAAGAAAGUAAUUCAAUGAGUAUAAAUUUCAGAUGGUAAUAAACUAAUAGAGGAUAUAAAUAUGAUAGACUGAUAGCAAAUAGUUAAUUCAAAUAAUGUGUAAAUCACUUUGAGUAACAUUUUGAAAUUUCUAAUAAAUAAUAUCUAUUUCGAAAUUUAUGCUAAUUAUGUGAAGUAAUAUCUAUAUGGAUAAACUUUUAGAAUAAUAAAUAAAAUGUUUUUGAUUUUGUUCCUGUCACAUUUGUUUUAGAUUUCAAUGAUGAAUCAAUAGAUUCUUAAUUUACAUAAUUUAUUAAAUUUUUUGAUAAAUUUGCUCCAAAAGAUAAAAAAGUAGAAUAGUUGCCAAAAAAGUUAUAAGAGUUUAAAAAGAAAUUAAAAGUAUAUUGAAAAAAAUAAAAAUAAUAGAUAUAGAGUACUCCAUAAUUAGAUAAGAAAUUACAUUCUAUACCUUAGAAAAUACCAAAAUGUUAAGAAGGCGAUCAAUAUCUUUGGUUACUUAAACCUACAUUUUUAAAUAGAGGGAGAGGGAUUCAUGUAGUAAAUGAUAUUGAAGUGAUAAUAUAAUUAAUAAGUGAAUUAUAAUUAGGAUCAGCUGAAGAUUUGGAAGAAUAAAAGAAAAAAAAUGGAAUAAAAGCAAAUUCAUUUGUAAUUUAGAAAUAUAUUGAACAUCCUUUUUUAAUUAACAAUAGAAAAUUUGAUAUAAGAAUUUGGGUAUUAGUAACAAUGGAUUUGAAUUGUUAUUUUUUUAAGGAAGGAUAUAUUAGAACUUCAAGUGAAAACUUUACUACUGAUAAUGUUCAUAAUUAAUUUAUUCAUCUAACUAAUAAUGCUAUUUAAAAGUAUAGUGAUAAAUAUGGAGAAUUCGAAGAUGGAAAUCAACUAUCAUUUGAUGAUUUUUAAAAUUAUUUAAAUGAAUAAGGAUUUAAAGUAGAUUUUUAUGGUACUCAUGUACCUAAAAUGAAAUAACUUGUAUGGACAUCUUUAUAAUCAGUCAAAAGAAAAUUAAAUCUAUCAUAAAGAAGAUAUUGUAUGGAAAUAUUUGGAUAUGAUUUUAUAAUUGAUAAUGAUUUUAAAACUUGGCUUAUAGAAGUUAAUACUAAUCCAUGUAUUGAGGAAUCAAGCAGCAUUCUAUAAUAAUUACUUCCAAGAAUGCUAGGUAAAUAAUUUCUCAUUAUAAUUUUAUUAUUAGAUGAUGCCUUUAAAUUGACUAUAGAUACUAUCUUUCCACCUAAAUAUUAAGAUGAUGAACCAAUUGAUUCUAAAUACACUGUUAAGAAAUAUCAAAAUAAUGAGAAUCUUUGGUAAUCUAUUAUAUUAUUUUAAGGGAGCCUCUUGGCUGCUUGGAAUCUCCAAAACAAUAGUCAAAAGCUAAUCUUAUGUAGCAAUAAUAAUUAUUAUAUUAAUAGAUGUAUUACUAAAAUUAAUAAUAAUAAUUUUAACAAUAAAUGCAGCAGUAAUAUCAGUAAUCUAAUAGUUAACAUCAUAAUUAAUUACCAUAUUAUCUACAACCUCUUACACCUUAAUCAUCAUCAUAAUUUUAAUCAAUUUGA